AUGGAUAACUGUAAAAAACCAUCAGUCAUUUAUACACUCUUCCUAUAUCGUCAAGAGCUGAAACGCACACAAAAGCAUUACAAGCGUUUAAAUCGAACAAAACUAACUCUAACGGAUGGUUUGAUAACGAAAACUCUCAGUAGUCUCAAAAACUGUACGGCCGAUGAUCUGCGAGCCCUUUCUCGGGAGAUUAAAUUCAAAAAUCAACUGAAAUCAGAGCUGAGACGCAUGAAUCAUUUGGAGAAAUUGGGCAUUAAGAAUCCAAAUCCACACGGUCGUAUAACAAAGUUAUGAGAACUAAUUAGAUGAACCUGGAGUUAAUUAUUAAUUUUAAGUGCUUGUAAACCAAAGUAGGCAA